UCAAAUGAUGUGGGAUUACUACAACAUCUCCCAUGUCUUCGUGUUUUGUAUAUUUAUAAUUGUUCCAAACUUGUUUCUUUGGUGGCAAAAGAAGUGGAAGAGCAGCUACAUUUGGGUUGGCCAUCCAAACUCAAAGAAAUCAGGAUAGAAAAUUGCGAGGUCCUAGAAUGUUUACCCAUGGCAAUGAUGCACAACAACACGUGUGUUGAGUAUAUUCAUAUCUGUAACUGUCCUUCCCUUACGUACUUUGCAGUAGACCAACUACCUCCAAUGCUAAAGCGGCUAUAUAUAGACGGUUGUAAUAUGCUGAUUUCGUUGGAUGGGGAUGAUGUCAACAAUUGUGGCAGCUGCACCUCUCUUCUUGAGGAUUUGACAAUUAUGAAUUGUCCAUCGCUCAAAUCCUUAACACUAAGCAGAGAAUUACCUACAACACUUAAAUACCUCUACAUUGGGGAUUGUAAGAAUCUGGAGUCGAUAGCGAAGAGCUUCCAUCACAACUCGUGUCUUGAAGAUAUUUAUAUCUCAUCUUGUGAGAAUCUUAAAUCCUUACCCAUGGGCAUACACAACCUCAGCCAUCUGAAUAGGAUUUAUAUUUCCAAAUGUCAAAAUCUUGUUUCCUUCCCAGACAAAGGGUUGCUCCCUGCCAACCUGAGAUUACUUUGGAUUCUCGAAUGUGAGAAAAUGCAGGUCUUGCCCAACUGCAUACAAAACCUCACCUCUCUUCAAGAAUUGAGGAUAAAAAAAUGUCCAAGCAUUAAUGUAUCAUUUUCGGAAGUAGGUUUUCCCACCAACCUAACAUCACUUUGUAUCGAUGAUAUGGCAUCGUUUAAUGAGGCCUUUUUUGAGUGGGGAUUGUACAAGCUUACCUCUCUUAAAAAACUUGACAUUUUCGGUCACUCUUCGCAUCUGGUGUCCUUCCCAGAGAUGAUGCUACCUGCCUCUCUAACCAACCUCGCCAUCAACGACUUCCCGAAUUUGAAAUGCUUAUCUUCCAAAGGCUUUCAAAACCUUGCCUCUCUUCAAUUUUUGGAAAUCUCGAAUUGUGAAAAGCUCACGUCCUUCCCAGAGGAUGGCUUCUCUCCCUCACUCCUGCGGCUUUAUAUCCGGAGAUGUCCUCUGCUAGGAAAACGUUGCAAGAAAGAUCGAGGACCAGAGUGGUUCAAGAUAGCCCACAUCCCUUGCGUUCUAAUUGACUCGAGAUCAGUUUAUGAACCAGAAUAGAAGAAUCCAUGAAUCCGAGUUUUGUUUGAUGCAAGUAAAGUUUCAAGAAAUAAAUCCAAAGAUGAUAGGUGUUUGUUAAAAUGCCCAAGCGACCACGUGGAGAGAGGAGGUCUUCGAAUAUUGAGUUUUUCAUUACUAUUUGACCAAUCAUUGGGACCCUCCAAAAACAGCAAGAUGAUAGGUGCUUGUUAAAAUGCCCAAGCGACCACGUUGAGAGAGGAGGCCUUCGAAUAUGAGUUUUUCAUUACUAUUUGACCCUCCAAAAAUAGGAGAAGAAGUAGAAGGGAUUAUCUUAACGUUGUAUCCCCAUGAUCAACAAAUGGAUCCGGAUUAUGAAUAUAAAGAGACGGUAGUUCGAGUAUGAAGUUUUGCUCUAUAGGUACUGGUACGUCUCGAAUGAAUAUUUCUUCAUCUUUGAUGCUUGCAGAUGGUUCAAAAGGCUGGUGCAAAUUGUUACAACUUUCUCCAUCUGUGUAUUAUUUCCUGUAUAUUUAGAGGUGUGUUUUGAAACAAUGGUUGCCAAUUUUGUUUUGUUUUUCUACUCCUUUUUUGUUCUUUUCCUCUUUGUGUUGUUUUCUCAGUGGGCAAAGGAUGCAUUUUUUGGUUGAAUUUUUUUUGUGAGUGGCUUUACAAUGUUGAAUAUUCUAACUUCGUUAAUGUAAUGAGACCUUUUGCUGGGUUUUUGCCGAGUUGGGCUUUCAUUUUGUUAUUCAAUAACAUGACAUUUUCUAUUAUUGAAUAUGAAUAGUCCGAUCAAAACCCACUUGAUGCGUAGAGAUAUCCUGACUGUCCAUAACAGAAUGCAAGCCAAACACAUUUGCCCUGAAGAGUCAGGCAUAACACCCACUUUGUAGUAUAACUAUGUAGGCCUUUAUGGUAGAUUUUUAAUGUUCUCUACUAUUUUUGUUGCUCUCUACCCUUUUUUGUGUGGAAAGGUAAUACAUUGGUUUAUUUGUUUGCGGUAAUCUAAAGGCAGUUUGGUUGGUUUUUGGGGUUAUUAAUAUAUUUUUGUUGUUUUUGUUCCCCCUAUUGCUAUGGCCUGCAAUUUGCGCUGUUUUGAUGGUUUCUGCAGAUCAACCAAUGUGUUGGUUUUCUGGUCCUGUGUCGAAUUGUAAGGGUGUGUGUCUUUAGCUAUCCCUUGCGUUAAAAUUGACGGGAGAUCAAUUUAUGAACCAGAAUAGGAGAAUCCAUGAAUCUGAGUUUUGUUUGAUGCAAGUAAAGUUUCAAGAAAUAAAUUCAAAGAUGAUAGGUGUUUGUUAAAAUGUCCAAGCGACCACGUAGCGAGAGGAGGCCUUCGAGUAUUUAGUGAUUCAUUACUAUUUGGCAUAUUGCUGGUCAUAUGGAUUUGACUAAUCACUAGGACCCUCAAAAAACAGGAGAAGAAGUAGAUGGGAUUAUCUUAAGGUUGUAUCUCCAUGAACAAACUGAUCUGGAUUAUGAAUAUGAAGAGGAUUGGUCACUGAGGACACUUGGUCUCUGUCUGGACACAAUGAAAAAAAUGGGAUCACUUCUUAUAGACUCAUUGAGAAUGAUUAUAAUCUAGUUCAUUGCCUAUUAGAGAAGUAGAAGCCAUUCUGGUGCGAUCCUCACAGACAGAAAGAUUGCAAUCAAUUUGAUAAUGAUCGAGUGACAUUGCUUCUUUGGCCUGAACCAAGGAAUCCUUUAGAUAUGAUGUAAAAUGGAUUUUGGUCUACCGUUGAUAAGAGAUCUCUCUAUGAACAAUAUGAAGAGUUUGAAGACGGGGAACGAACAAAUGCAGUAUCCCCAUGAAUGAACUGAUCAUGAUUAUUUAAUAUAAAGUG